AUGUCGAACCGUCAACUCGCCCGCGACAUGCAAACCGAGUUCCAAGCCCGGUUCAACGCAAAACAAGCCCGUCGCGAAGCCCAAAAGGCUGCCAAGCAGGACAAUGAAUUGAAGAAGCAAAUACAAAAUCUCCUCAAGAAGGGUGAAACCGCCCAAGCGGCGCAAAAAGCCCGCAUGCUCCUCGCCAAGCAAGCAAUCGCCACACAAAUGGACCAAGCCGCCGACAUCGCCGAGCUUUCCCUCGCCCAGAUCCAAGCCAACAACGCGAUGAACCGCAUGACCACCAUGAUGGCGCAGUCGUCCAAGACCAUGUCGCGCGCGCAGCGUUCCACCAACCCGGAGAAGACGCUCCUCACGCUCGAGCAGUUCCGUAACCAGAACGAGGAAUACGCCAUGAGCAACGGCAUUUACCAGGAUGCCAUGACCCAGAACACCUCGGUGCAGGUCAGCGACGACGCCGUGCACGAGCUGCUCGGGAAAUUGGCGGACGAUGCUGGGCUCGAGUUGGGCCAGGAACUGAAUGAGGCCUCGACUAGCAAGGUGGAUCCUGUGAAGGAGCCGACUGAGCCGACGGCGGAAGUGGAGGAUGCGCUGCAGCAGCGGCUUAGGGCUCUGAGGGCUUGA